AUGUGGCUGUUUCAACAGGGACAGCCUGAUCUUAGCUUGCUGGGCGAGAUUGCGAGCAUCCAAAGGGACAAGGAUGGUAUCUGUCCGAACUUCAAUAUGGAGGAUCCAGAAGUCAAGAAAGGCGGGAAACCAGCUGUAACGAGGACAUGGUACUGUCUCCGGGAUCCGAAGAACGGAUCGCUGGUCGAAGAAAUGACUGCCUGUUCAGACUGCGUCGCGCAUAUCAACAUCAUUUUCCCUUGCCUAAAGCCCUUGUUUGCGCCCGUUGCGGACGGGCAAGCGUUACUCGCGACUUGCGACCUUAUGACUCAAGGAGAUGGUCAACAACGGUGUCUAGAGUACGUUGACAAGAUCGCUAGCGUUGCAGAAAGCACCCUAGAAACCAAGACGCGGGAUGUUACACCACUGAUUGAUUUCGUCAAGAAAUGGGGGCCAGUCCCCGCUUGCCAGAAAGGAAAGUUGGUCACAGGAGAGAAGCAAUACAGCUUCCAAUCUCUGGGAUCCGAAUUCACCGCCUGCGAGGAUUGCUACCUCAAAUACAUGGAACCUCUCUACUCCAGUUCACCGCAACCAGCGAUCCUCUCGCAGCUCAAAGCUGAAGGACCACACCCUAAUGGCUUCAUGUGUGAUCUCUUCUCUCCCCGUCUUCAGUCCUACUUUACAGAUGUCUGCCGCACCAACGACUUAUCGACCUUCCGGCAGAAGCUACAGGCACGGAACAACAAGAUGCAAGAGUUAAACAUUCAGCUCGGACGUAUGAAACAAGAGUAUCAACAGCUGAAAAUGCAGGAGAAUAUGCAUAUGAGUCAGAUGAGGAUUGCUCAGUCGCAGGCUACGACGGCCAGUAUACAGUGGAAUGUUAGUGGAUGGAUCGGGCCACCAAUCGAUUGGACUAUGACAAAUGCCCAAAUGGCCAAGGCUAGCGAGAAGGCUAUGCAAGCGGCUAUUAUUAAGGAUAACAUGACAGCGAUGGAAAGGGAGUGGGCUGAUCACUGGAAGUAG